AUGUAUCAUUGUGUUUUUAUUAUAAUUUUCUCACUUCUCUUGCCAAGUCUUGAGACCAUAAUCGCUAACCAAUUGGUAGUAGUUGGAGGAGGAGAUGAUAAUAUUGUUAUAAACAAGUGUUUGGAUAAGGAGAUACAUGCUCUCCUUCAUUUCAAAGCCCUCCUUAAAGACCCCAAUGGUAUUCUCUCUACAUGGAAAGAUGACGAACAUAACUGUUGUAAAUGGCUUGGAGUCACAUGCAACAACCAAACCGGUCAUGUCACAGGGCUUGAUAUCGGUUUGUGUAGUCUUGAAGGUGAGAUUAGCCAUUCAUUGGCUAACUUAACCUACUUGAAUCAUCUUGAUCUUUCUGGCAAUUCUUUUCAUGGAACCAUUCCCAGGUCCAUUGGUUCCUUGACUGAACUAAGGUUCCUUAGCCUAUCAAAUAACUCUCUUUAUGGAACCAUUCCUCCAGAGUUUGGAAACCUCACUAACUUGCAAUGGCUUUACCUUGGAUUUGUUGGAAGAUGUAGAGUUGAAAACCCAGAGUGGUUGUCUGGCCUAUCUUAUCUGGAGGAGCUUGUCAUGAAUGGGAUUUCUUUGGCCAAAGCAAAUCACUGGGUGGAUGUCAUUUUGAGUCUACGGAAACUAAAUUUCUUGAGUUUGCAGAGUUGUGAGCUGUCACAGGUGAUGUAUCCAUAUUCUUCAUUUCUCAACUCUUCUUCAUCUAUUGAAAUCCUUGGUCUUGUAAACAACAAUCUCACCUCAUCCAUGUAUCGUUGGUUGUUCCCAUUAACCAGCAAUAAGCUUCAUGAACUUUAUCUCUCUAAGAACAUGUUACAUGGGAUACCCAAUUAUCUUGGUAGUCUCUGUAGUUUGAAAACUUUUUUCUUCAUCAACAACUCUGCUGUUUUCAAAUUUCCUGAUUUUCUGAAAAACUUGUCCGGAUGCACAUCACUUGCAUUACAAUCAUUGGAUGCUUCUUAUAGCCAAUUUACAGGGUCAUUGUCUGAUGACAUCCAAAAGUUUUCAUCCCUAAACAUUUUGAGCCUGUCUCAUAAUCACUUAAAUGGAACUAUAAGUGGGAAAUUGUGGGAACUACCCAAGCUUAAAGUUCUUGACGUCUCUUUCAAUUAUCUUAGAGGUGCUAUCUCUGAAAAAAUCGGAAAUUCCAAGGCAAUUAUUAUAAAUCUUUCGAAAAAUUCAAUUGAGGGAGUUGCAUCUACAGAUCACAUGUCAAACCUUUCUCAUAUAGAGUAUGCUGGUAUGAGCUCUUGCAUGCUAGGGCCCAACUUCCCCAAAUGGAUUCAAAAAUUUAAAAAUCUCACCCGUCUUGAUAUUGCCAAUAAUGGAAUUUCAGACACAAUUCCUCUGGGGUUUUGGGACAUGUGGCCUUCACGAUUAACAUAUUUGAAUCUCUCUUCCAACAACAUCAGUGGGCAAGUACCAGAUUUAUCAUCAAAUUUUGACUAUCGGUCAGUGAUAGAUUUGAGUUCCAACAGAUUUUAUGGUCCGAUGCCGAAUGUUUCUUCCACUCUAGUAUCAUUAAAUCUUUCCAGAAACAAGUUCUCUGGAGAAAUUUCCCUUCUAUGCCAAAUUGUCGGUGGGUUGUUGCAAUUUCUUGACCUCUCUGAUAACUUUCUAACCGGGAAACUUCCAGACUGUUUGUGGCAUUUCAAAGACCUAAAAGUUCUUAAUCUAGGAAACAACUAUCUAUCUGGAAUGCUUCCCGCCUCUUUAGGAUAUUUGGUUCAACUUGAGGCGUUGUAUUUAUUCAACAACGACUUCUCUGGAGAGUUGUCGUUGUCUCUAAUGAAUUGCACCAAGUUAAACUUCUUGGAUUUAGGAGCCAACAAGUUUUUUGGGAAGGUACCUGUUUGGAUUGGGGAAAGCUUGACAGGAUUGUAUGCUCUUAUCCUAAGAUCAAACCACUUCUUUGGAACCAUCCCUUUGCAGUUAUGUCACUUACAAAAGCUCCAAAUUCUAGACUUGUCGAUGAACCAUCUCCAUGGAACCAUCCCCUCAUGUUUGAACAAUCUUACAAGCAUGGUUCAAGACAGAUUCUCACAAGUAGAAAAUGUACAUCAUCAUUUCUCAUGGUCUAUCGAUAUAUUUAGUUUUGAUGCUGCAUAUGUUGACCAUGCGAUGAUCAUGUGGCAAGGAGCUGAACGGAAAAUCCCAUCUAGCACUCAGCUCCAGUCUUUUGAACCUUCAAGGUACAAUGGGAACACCGGACUAUGUGGACCUCCGCUUAACAAAAAAUGUCCUGGAGAUGAAAAACCUGAAGUGCCACCCGUUAUUGGUAGAAGUGAAGGUGUAGAUGAAGUUGAAAGAUGGUUUUAUAUUGGUGGGGGCACUGGUUUUGUUACUGGAUUUUGGAUAGCAUGUGGUGCUUUACUUCUCAAUCGUCAAGGGAGACAUGCUUUUUUUCAGUUUUAUGAUAGCUUCAAAGACUGGGUUUAUGUGAAGGUGGUGGUCCUCAUUGCAAAUUUGCAAAAGGUUGUACAUAAAUAG